AUGGUUCAGGCUUUGAAUGACUGUGUUAUCACUCGCUAUGAAGUCCGUGAUAUCCGUUUCCCAACGUCAAAGUUUUUGGAUGGUUCUGAUGCUAUGAACAAAGACCCUGACUAUUCUGCUGCCUAUGUUAUCUUUUAUACUGACUCAAGGCUCGAAGGACACGGCAUGACCUUUACUUGUGGACGUGGAAAUGAUGUAGUCUGUGCUGCUAUUGAACAACUUGCCUUGAAAUUCGUCAAUCGAAAACUGAGUGACCUCGUCUCUGACAUGCGUGCUACUCAUCGUAUCUGUACAGGUGACUCGCAACUUCGAUGGAUUGGUCCUGAGAAAGGUGUUAUCCAUUUGGCCACUGGUGCUGUCAUCAAUGCUAUCUGGGAUCUCUGGGGGAAGGCUGUAAACAAGCCAGUGUGGAAGUUGGUGGUUGACAUGACUCCCGAAGAAUUUGUACAGUGCAUUGAUUUCCGUUACAUCACAGAUGUUAUUACUCCUGAAGAAGCCAUCAAGAUGCUACGCGAACUUGAGCCCACCAAGGCUCAACGGGAGGCCGAAAUGCGUGAACAUGGAUAUCCAAGCUAUACAACAUCUGCUGGUUGGUUAGGAUAUAGUGACGAAAAAGUUCGAAGACUUAUUCGUGAAGCCAAGGCACAGGGAUUCACACACUUUAAGCAAAAGGUCGGAGGAGAUAAGGAAGCAGAUAUCAGACGUGCCGCUAUUAUUCGUGAAGAAAUUGGUGAUGAUGGCGUAUUGAUGAUGGACGCAAAUCAGGUCUGGGAUGUCCAAGAAGCCAUUGACUGGAUGCAAGAUCUUUUACAGUUCAGGCCUCUCUUUAUUGAAGAACCCACCUCACCCGAUGAUGUCCUUGGUCAUGCCGCGAUUCGUAAAGCGCUUCAUCCUCGUACUGCGGUGGCUACUGGUGAGCACAUCCAGAACCGUAUUAUCUUUAAACAGUUAUUCCAAGCCCAAGCUAUUGACUAUUGCCAAAUUGACUCAUGUCGUGUUGCUGGUGUAAAUGAAAUCCUUGCUAUCUUGCUCAUGGCCAAGAAGUUCAAUAUUCCUGUAUGUCCUCAUGCUGGUGGUGUGGGUCUUUGUGAAUAUGUUCAGCAUUUAUCCUUUAUAGACUACAUAUGUGUCACUGGUACUACUAACAACCGUGUGCUCGAAUACGUUGAUCAUUUGCAUGAGCACUUUAUUCAUCCUGUUGUUAUGAAGAAUAGCAAAUACACAACACCUCUUGCACCUGGAUACUCUAUCGAAAUGAAGCGUCAGUCUAUUGAAGAUUAUACAUUUCCUAAUGGCAAGAUACAUAAGAAGCAGUAA